AACACAGACGAAGCAGAGACACCAUGGUUGAGUGGAGUGACUCCGAGCGUAACAUCAUCACCAGCAUCUUUUCAAGUUUAGACUAUGACGAUAUUGGACCCAAGGCUCUUUGCAGGUGUCUGAUUGUCUACCCCUGGACUCAGAGAUACUUUGGUGGCUACGGUAACCUCUACAAUGCUACUGCCAUAAAAUCCAAUCCGCUAAUCGCAGCACACGGGGUCAAGGUGCUGCACGGAUUGGACCGGGCCGUCAAGAACAUGGACGACAUCAAGGCAACCUACGCCGAGCUGAGCGUGCUGCACUCUGAGAAGCUGCACGUGGAUCCCGACAACUUCAGGCUGCUGGCAGACUGCUUGGCUAUUGUGAUUGCCGGUAAGAUGGGACCCGCCUUCACCUCGGAGAUCCAGGCUGCCCUCCAGAAGUUUGUGGCUGUGGUUGUGAACGCUCUGGGCCGACAGUACCACUAAACCCUGGG